AUGUCUGCAGCGCCACUUCAGAUUGUCAACGAGCGACAACUAAACACGCGCACAAACAAUGUAUACACGCCCACGAAGCACACAGGAGGAAAAGAAAACCUGCAUCAGAGCAGCAACAAGCGUCCCGACCAUCACCAUGAUCAACACAAACAGCCGGCCCCGAAGAAAAAGAAAGAAAAGCUUUCCGCUCUCUGCAAGACACCCCCAUCGCUGAUCAAAACGAGAGGAAGAGACUACCACAGGGGUCAUUUUCUCGGCGAGGGAGGAUUCGCAAGAUGUUUUCAGAUCAAGGAUGACAGCGGUAAGAUAUUUGCCGCUAAGACGGUCGCCAAAAUCUCAAUCAAAUCAGAAAAAACUCGUAAAAAGCUUCUUUCUGAGAUCCAAAUUCACAAGAGCAUGCGACACUUUAACAUUGUGCAGUUUGUCGACUGCUUUGAGGAUGAUACCAAUGUGUACAUACUGUUAGAGAUCUGCCCUAACGGCUCGCUGAUGGACCUCUUGAAAGCCAGAAAGGUGCUUACCGAACCAGAAGUACGCUUCUUCACUACCCAGAUAGUAGGCGCCGUCAAAUAUAUGCAUAGCAGAAGGGUGAUCCACCGAGAUUUAAAGCUGGGGAACAUUUUCUUCGACAGCAACUACAACUUGAAAAUUGGUGAUUUUGGACUAGCCGCCGUGUUGGCCAACGAUAGAGAGCGGAAAUUCACAGUGUGCGGUACGCCGAACUACAUAGCGCCCGAGGUCCUCACCGGCAAACAUACAGGGCAUUCAUAUGAGGUGGACAUUUGGUCUUGCGGUGUGAUGAUUUACGCUUUGCUCGUGGGUAAACCACCCUUCCAAGCGAAGGAAGUUAACAUCAUAUAUGAGCGCAUCAAAUGCUGUGACUACUUUUUCCCCAAAGACAAGUUCAUCUCUCCAGAGGCUAUGAUAUUAAUCAAAGACAUACUGUCAAUAGAUCCAUUGGAAAGGCCGUCUUUAGACGAGAUUAUGGAUUAUGUGUGGUUCAGAGGCCUAUUUCCACCAAGAAUUGACCCCGAAAGUCUAGCUUCUGGGCCUAAUUAUGACUACUUGGAUAUGGCCCAAUCGAACACCAACUUUAAAGCCUGCAUGACGCGGUCAGGAUUGGUGUCCGGGUCCUCAUCCUCGACUAAAGACCCCAUAAAACUUGUGAAGAACGACUUGGACCAGGAAAGGAGUAGAACAAUCUUACCGCAGUCUUUGUCGCCAGGCGGAACUAAAAACAAGUAUCAGGAAGUCGUGGAUCUUGACGCUCAAAAGAAGCUGAACGAUCUAGCACGCGAAGCAAGAAUCAGAAGGGCGCAACAAGCGACUCUCAAAAGGGAUCUGGUAGCCACUUCUACCAAUGCUAUCAAGUCCGAAAUCUCCUUGAGAAUUUUGGCAAGUGAAUGUCAUUUGACUCUUAAUGGAAUCCUUGAGGCAGAAGCUCAGAAACGCAUGGGUGGGCUGCCCAAGUCGAGACUGCCGAAACUCAAAAAUCCAAUCGUAGUAACAAAAUGGGUGGAUUACUCGAACAAACAUGGCUUCUCGUAUCAACUAUCAACGGACGACAUUGGCGUACUCUUCAAUAACGGUACCACGGUACUAAGGCUUGCAGAUGCAGAAGAGUUUUGGUACAUUAGCUAUGACGAUAGAGAAGGCUGGGUGGCAAGCCACUAUAACUUGCCAGAUAGACCUCACGAGCUGGCACGACAUCUAGAGGUGGUGGACUUUUUUUCGAAAUACAUGAAGGCGAAUUUGAGCAGGAUCUCGACUUUCGUUCGCGAAGAAUAUCACAAAGAUGAUGUUUUCCUUCGAAGAUACACCCGUUAUAAGCAGUAUGUGAUGUUUGAACUCAGUGACGGUACGUUCCAGUUCAACUUCAAGGACCACCACAAGUUCGCCAUUUCGGAAGGUGGCUCUCUAAUCACUUAUAUCUCGCCCGACCGCGAAAGCUCCACCUACCCCACCGUGGAGCUCCUGAAGGCUGGCGAAAUGCCCGAGCACCCCGACAUCGAUUUUACCGAUAAGCUUUUCAUGAUGAAAGAAGGUCUCAAGCAGAAAGCUGCGAUUGUUUCCACAGCGCAGCCGCAAAUAUAA